AUGCAUCCAUAUGGCCAGUUUUUCGGUGUGCCUCAGCAGUAUUAUGGUGCUAUUCCUCCAACCUAUCAAUCUUUUUUACCAACUACUCUGGUAGGCUAUGCACCAGUCGCUGUUCCGCCACCAACUCUUCCAGUCUCACAGACGACCACAACCCAGCCUUCAACCUCAGAGUCGUCGGUUACCCAAGUGGUAGUUACACAAGAGAAAACGCCAGUUACAACUGUUUUUGUGGGAAAUAUACCUGAUCGAGCUCCUGAUUCUCUCAUUAAAACACUUCUUAUGCGAUGUGGCAAUAUUCUCAGCUGGAAGCGAGUUCAGGGCGCAUCCGGCAAGUUGCAAGCCUUUGGAUUUUGUGAGUAUCAAGACCCUGAGUCCACAAUGAGGUGUGUAAGGCUCUUAAACGGGUUUGAAAUCGUGGAUAAGAAAUUGAUGGUAAAAGUCGACCCGAAAACGGAGGACUUGUUAAAUGAAUACAGAAAAAAGAAGCGUAAAGAUGGAGCUGAUGGUAAUUUAGGUAGUACGGAGUCCGAGGUCGAUGAUGAAACGAAAAAAGACGAUGACGUGGUUAAAACAUCCUUACAAAAUAUUUUGCAAGAGGCUAUCGAUACGUUUCAGCUCGGCCACGGUAGCCUAUAUCUUGUAAUAAUUUUUGCUUUAGAAUCACCAAAUCGGCAGGAAUACCUUGAGGGACCGAGGCAUCUGACUUUAGAUGAUAUGGAUAUUGACGGCGAACGUAAGGAUUUAAUCAAUAAAGAAAUUGAGACGUUUCGGCGUCGUAAUGAGAAGGAGACGCCUUCCGAGGAACGAGGCAAACGCGCAAAAGAACUUGACUACUAUACCUCGAAGUAUACUUCGCGCACUUUGGCUCGUGUCGACCGGGAUUUGGAGCGGGGAAGUCGGUACUCACGGUCCAGAUCUCGAUCCCGCGAACCAUCGAAAAAGCGACCACGAGGGGGUAUUACCAGCUCAGCUUUAGUUUCUGAGAGGCAUUAUCGUUCAAGCCAAGUUGAUGAAGAAGAAGAAGCCAUCAAAAAGCGACUUGAAAGAAAACUUAAAGAAAAAGAGGAGUCUUAUCAAAGUCGUCUGCGCCAGUGGGAAAGUAGGGAGCGCAAAAAGCAAGCGGAAUAUGAUCGAGAGAAAGAACGCGAGAAAAAAAAACAGGAUGAAGUUCAAGCUGAAGCUCGUAGUCUGCUGGAAUUUUUCGAGAUGUAUGAUGAUGACGUCGAAGAUGCCAAGUUUUACAAGGGCAGCGCACUACAGCAUCGUUUAGCGGAUCGGGAGAUUGAGGAAGCAGCCGACGAACGUGACCGCCAAAAGGAGCUUGAGCAAUUUGAAGCAGCCCGUCGGAAACUCAUCGAUGAAGGAGAUCCCAAUGCUGAGUCCGUUAUUCUGCAGAUGGAACAGGCGAUGCAAGAGCAUCUUCGGAAGCGACUUAACCUUGAUGCUCGUUCCCCUCACACGCAGCAAUCGAAAUCCGCCUCAAAUUCCAAAGCUAGUUCCCCACAGGAGCAACCUACUGGUCUUGAUGAGUCCACUGGGGACUCUGGUCCUACUGGAUUUAAACCAGUUUCUCCUGAUGUGGGUUCAAAAGGGGGUGAAAAUGCAACACCUAAUGAAGCUAGUGGCGAUCUUCCGAGACGGGAUUCUGGCACUUUCCUCUUCUCAAUGGCUUCCAAACAAAGUGAGAAUGUGUUGAAGCCGGCUGCAGCAUUCGCCGAUGAAGAGAUAGAGCAAAAGUCUAAACGCCCUGCCCUUAGUUGGGUUCCACCUUCAUCCACAAACCAACCCCUUCCAUCCUCCGCCACAACUACCAUCCCUGAUCUUAGGUCUGUAGCUAACCUGCCUGUAGCCGAAAAGAGGGCUAUCAUAAAGCAGAUAAUCGAGAGAAUCCCGACCGCAAAGGAUGAACUCUUUGCGUAUCCGAUUGACUGGAAAGCAGUCGACUUGGAAUUCGUUAACAAACGAAUCAAGCCGUGGGUGGACAAGAAAAUCGUUGCCUACCUUGGAGAAGCGGAAGCCACUCUAUCCAACUUUAUUUGCGAACAAGUACUUGAGCACAAACCACCUGCGAAAAUUCUCUCUGACAUUGCCUUGGUUCUCGAGGAGGAGGCAGAGGUUUUCGUGGUCAAAAUGUGGCGUCUCCUAAUAUAUGUAAUAGCAGAGAAGAAUCUUGGCCUUACAGUCAUUGUGUUGCCUUUGGAUCUGUGGAUUCAAAAGUACGUGUUGACAACACUCCUUGCCCUCCUCCUCGUUGUAGCCCUAACCAAUCUUGUCGAAAGUGUCUUUGUAUUCGCCCCAAAUAUCCCCGACCGAAGCCGAUUUCUCACAGAGCUCCCGCAUCCAGAUCUAUUCCCAACAUGGCGUCUCGUUCGACUUUGGGCGCCUUCCAUAGGAGGUACACGCGGAGUCUCUUUAAAGUCCUUCCUCAUCCUACAGGAGAACCCAGUUAAACGCGCCACAGCUCCAACAAUCUUAUUUCUCCACGGAAAUGCCGGCAACAUCGGACACCGCUUGCCAUUCGCGAAGAUUCUUUACGAUGUUUGCUCUGCAAAUGUUCUUCUACUAGAAUACCGAGGGUUUGGUUACUCUAAUGGGAGCCCAAAUGAAUCUGGCAUGUAUGCUGACGCAGUGGCAGCUCUAAACUAUUUGAUCUCAGGAGCUGAUGGCGACAUUGACGGACGAAACGUAUUCCUCUUCGGACGUUCGCUCGGUGGCGCUGUUGCCAUAGAACUGGGCACGCAACCGGCAUUAGGCGCUCGCAUUAGAGGCACAAUUGUGGAGAACACGUUCACCUCCAUUUCUGAUAUGGGCGAAGUAAUAGCGUCAAAUAUUUUUGGCCCCCUGACAAAGCAUUGCUUUCCCUCAUGGAUUGUCACGAAUCGUUUCGAGUCCUUGACUAAGUUGAAAUGCCGAAACAUAGACGACGGUGGAAAGUUCAUUUUCCUUUCAGGUUCUAAAGAUGAAAUUAUUCCACCUACUAUGAUGACGCGACUUGCCGCUGCGUGGGCAGCAAGUACCAAGAAGUCCGAGCACGCCACUUGGAUUUACGACAGCCCUAAAGCGUUUAUCGGGUGCGGACAGGAAGGACUUGUCAGGUUUGCCAACGGAGGACACGGAACCACGUGGACUUGUGAGGGCUACUGCGAAGUUAUACGCCGUUUCAUCGCACUACACUCACAAACACACACCAGUGCAACAAGCUAA